UGAUACUGUGUUAAAGAGGGGAAAACCCCUCUUAAACACAGAUUAGGAUGAAAAUUUGCAUUUUACAACGCAACGUUUAAGGGCUUAGCCUUGGGAUGGACACAGGUUCGGGAGGAAGGAGUGGUAAAUUAAACAGACCGUCACAGCGAAUGCAAAAUACAUAUAAGGGUCUAGAUUAGCAAUGUGCCAUAGAGAAUUUACAAAAAUUGCAAAGUUCACAUGAAAUUUUCUCGGUAUUUUUUUCUGCACGUUUAUUGCGUAACUUUCUUACAGUUAGUUUCGAAUUCGAUUUCUAUGACACUUGAAAUAGGCGCCAAUAGUGCCUUAAAUGUUAAUUGAAAUAGUCAUCAACAGCUAAAAACAUACAAAUAAUCCCUAAUCUGAACAGGAACUUUUUAAGUGAAAACUUGAAUGAGAAUUUUCUCAUGAAAGUUUCCAGAAAUGCUAGGAAAUUUUGCUAUAACAUUAAGUGGCCCACGGUGGCAUAAUGACGAAGAAUAUAAUUUUAUAUGGAGAUUGACAGCCUUUAUCAUUUACUUGUCAGUGUUGUCACUACUAAAAUGUCAGAUAAUACUUAUGAGCAAACUAUGUGUAAAUGGGAGAGAGAGAGACAGGGAGACUUUAUACCGAGAUACAAGGCAAAGCAAUACUCGAGAGAAUGUGGGUGGUUACGAAGAUGGUUAUUUUUGUUUGGCAACCAGUUUUGCAACUGGUACAGACAGAGCACGUGAUUAGUUGGUGGCUAUAAUUAUUACAUGUGUAAGAUUUAAGCAAAAUUUACCUACUAUAAAGACCGAUUAGAAUAAAAUAAGCUUUUAUACAGGAUGUUUAUUUAGGCACCUGCAAUAAAUAAACAUCCUGUAUCAAUGAACACGAGAAGAAGCGAUCAAUCAAAACAAAUGACCCAGCAUAGAGUUUGAUUUUAUCACAGAAAUCGAAUAUUUAACUACUAGUGUGGCUGGCCUACGCAGUACAUUUUUAAAUGUCAUUUAUUCUAUAGUGUAUUUCGAGUUUCCCAAUGAAUCAACCCACAGGUUUAUAUUUCGAAGAAAAUAAAUCACUAAAUAUGAACUCAGAGGAUUCUCCUUACGUUUUAGCAUAUCGACGUCGUUAUAGAAAAAAAUCACAAGAAUAUUCGAAAUAUGAAACGAUAAAAGAUAGUAUGAAGACGGUUGGGAAAGAGUAUUGCUCUGAAUCUUCGAUAUGUGGACUUAAACAUCUAGUAAACGAAAACACGACGCAUAUGGAGAGGAUCAUUUGGGUCAUAAUCCUGAUCAGUGCAUUGAUCUGUUCCGUAUCCUUGGUCUGGUUUACUUUUAGUAAGUACUAUAAGGCGCCUUUAGUGACCACUCAAAUGCCUGAAGGUGUCUCCGUUAGCACCAUAAUCUUCCCAGCUGUGGGGAUCUGCUCGAAUAAUAGGAUCAGCAAGCGCGCCGUCACCGAGCUUGCUGAAAAUCUACUUAAAGAGGAACGUAACAAGAAGUACAAUAAAACGGAGAUGAUGUCGCUCCUUUUUGGUCUGGGCCAGUUAUACAACUUGCAAGGCUUAAGUGGGGACAAUUUGCGAGCGAAGCAACUCCACGUCGCACUGGGUGAUUACGACGUCACAGAGCUAAUGCGAGAUCUGACCCCGCAUUGCGACGAUUUGCUGUUGCGAUGUGCUUGGAACGACAAGGCAGAGGAUUGUAAUCACUUGUUUAACUUCCGGCUGACUAUGAACGGUUUUUGUUGCACGUUCAACUACCUACGACAGUCCGAUAUUUUUGAAGACAGAAAGAGCGAUUACCGAAACAUCGAUAUGUACAAAUACGGAAACAAGUCCAGUUUUGACUUCGAUAUGGGACUCAAAGUGCUACUUAAAAUAGACGAUAGUGACGAUUUUUAUUACAACAUUCCAUCUCUCGGUUCGAUUUUACAGUUUUCAGAUGCUUAUGAUUUUCCUGAUGCGCCUAGCGGAAGUUUUUCAAUGAAAAUAAUAAGCCCCAGCGUUCAAAUGACAGUAAUGGUAACAGCGAGCUUCACCGAAGCCUCCCGCGACAUCCAGCACGUGUCCGUGAAGCUCCGCAGCUGCCUGUUCUACGACGAGUCCUCGUACCUGCCCUUCUACACGCACAGCGAUUGCAUGCUCAAGUGUCGCAUGCUCUUCCUGCUGCAGAACUGCAACUGCACGCCGUUCAACAUGCCCAAGAUCAAUAAUAGGAGGACGUGCGACAUGCAGGAUAUACCGUGCCUUGGUAUUUAUUACGCUCAAUCCAUCACCGUCCGUCCCGAAGUGGACGAGAUACCAGCAGAGCUGGAACUCGACAAGGUGGGUGGAGGUAUUCCCUGCCCCAUGUGCUACCCAUCGUGCUCCAAGACCAUGUAUUACUACGACUUUAACAACGUCAUUAUCUAUCCUAGCUUCUUGAACAACGUGCCGGAUGAAGAUAGAGAAGAUUGGCUAGUUGGUGCCAACUAUACUGGGGCCUCGAUUGUUCAUGUGAAAUACGCUAAAGAAGUGGCGGAUUGUUACGGACAAAACGUUAUUAUGAAAUGGUUCGAUUUAAUAAGUAAUAUAGGAUCAACCUGCGGCUUCGUCACCGGCUUCAGCUUCGUAUCCGUGCUCGAGUUCUUUUACUUCUUCACCGUGAAGUUGUUCCGCGAAGUGCACGCGUGCCGACAACGGCAGAGACAACGAGACCUCACCGCCAUUCAACCCCCCACUACCCACUUCAAGCCCAUCACGAGAUAUCGGCCUAUUUACUGGAACGAGUUGGGGAAUAAUUUGCAGAAAAAUCAACGGGAACAUCAAUAAAUAUUUAACAAAAUCUGACAUGACCAAAUCGAUGCUUUAAGACAAGGAUUCUGUUUAGGAAUGUAUGGUUUAUUUCCUUGUGCAUUUUGUGAAUAUUAAAUUAAUAAAUAUAUAUUAGGGGACAUCUUACACAGAUAAACCUACCCCAAACUAAGAAAAGCUUGUACUAUGGUUACUAGGCGACGAUAUAUACAUACUUAGGUACAUAGAUAAAUAAAUGCUUAUAUACACAGAAAAUACCUGACUCAGGAAUAUAUAUUCAUCACACAAAUAAAUGCCCUUACCGGAAUUCGAACCCAGGACCAUCGGCUUCAUAGCCCACCCACUCACUAGCCCAGGCUGGUCGUCUAAAUAUUGAUUAUAAUUAUUAUACGAGUAUAUAGUUCUCCUCGCCAUAUCCGACGACGGCGACUCCUUCAGCUGUUUUUAUUCGGAAACAUACGUUUGUAGUAAGUCUAGCUAGCCAUUGUUGUCAGUAUCCACUAGGAAUAAAAACCUUUUGUAGGCAUCGACGUUCUUCACUUAUCCCAAUUUUCAGUUAUCGCGUGAUCGGAGAGCGGACGGACAUGGCUAAACUAUAAAGGUUCUUUUUUUGGUAUUUUGGCUAUGGAAUCCUAAAAAUAAUUUUGAUACGAUGAUGAUAAUGUUAGCUUAGUCUAGAUAUUAUACGCCUUAAAAACGGUUGGAAUGAUGUCCCUACACCAUCUAAAAAUACAUAGAUACUUAUUUAUUACGCAAUGUGACCUUAAGACGAAAGUGGAGGACACGCGCGAAAUCACCUGUCCAUAGAAACGUAGUCCUCAUUUUCCUCUCUGGAUACGGGAUAUUAACAUUAUUGAAAAUAUUUUACCACAAUUUGUUGUAUAUCAACCACAGCUAUGCCCCAUACGUUUGAAUUUCUUAGAUUAUUGAAUUAUUAUUAUAAGAGUUAGGCGCAUUUAAAAAUUUGUAUACGUUACAAUAAGUAAUCAAAAAGUCAAAUAAGUAGGGGCAUACCAUAGGUUAUAUAUGUCACCGUAAAAUUGUAAACACUCGUCAGUUUAUAAUCUCGCUAGUAACAUUAUAAACUGACCGUAGCGUAGUUAGAUAACAAACUAACCUAACCUAACCUACGUUAGAUUAUAAACUAACGGGUGCAGAAUUUUACGGUAUCAUAUAUAUUCGACUGUAAUAUACAUCAAAUUAUGUAAUAGUUAUUUACGAUACAAGUGCAGAAAAUAGGAAAUUCGCAACGAGUGGUGAUAAAUUAAAACACGACCGAAGGGAGUGUUUUAAAUCAACACGAGUUGCGAAUUACCUAUUCGCACGUGUAUUGUACAACGUUUAACAGUACAUAUGGCUCUUUAAAGUUUCGACAUAUGCACGGAAAGUGCUUAUUCCCGCACGUGUGCAGGAAAGUAGCAUCAUAUUGAGGUAAUGAAAUAUAUACUGUAAAAUAUAUUUCAUUACCUCAAUAUCCAGAGAGGUAAAUGGGAACUACGUUUGUAUGGAGAAACGACCGUCCCCUUUGGUAAUUACUAAAUAAUUAGCGAGUAAUCGCUUAUCUGCAAUAAAUCAAAGCGCACGCAAAAAGGCAUUGUAAUAACGACAGAUAAAUCAACCAUCUGCGUAGUUUCCACGCUGCCGAUAAAAUCUCUUUGUACCAAGCUUUGCGAUGGAAUGGGAUACGCAAUUAGUCUGAAUUAUUUAUUACCUUAUCAAGGUUCAAGAUCGCAAGCUCGCACCAUGCUAUUAGAUUUAUUCGAUAUUAUAAUUACACUGCUAAAGAUUAAAGUCGAAAUUGUUGCUUUUUAAUUGAUUGAAUAAGAGCUUUCGACAGUUAGUGUUCGUAAUACCUACCAAUGGUGAGUUUUGUGGCAUGAUUUGACGCACUAAUAAAAUAAUUUGGAUGUGAAA